CAUCAGUUGUGUCUCCUACGGUACUGAGCUCAAACCAUGACGAGUGCUCUCUAGAGUACGGUAGGAGUACCGGAAGUCUUAUCUUGCCCAAGUUGCAUUGCUCCUACCCGGCCAUGAUGGAUCACAUAGCCCAACAGUUACAGUAUCAACCGGGGUUCAGGUUUCUGGAAUUGGAGAGGAGUGUUGAGGAUGACGAGGAAGGUUUCAUUUCCAUGGUGUCCGCCCUUGUGGGAAGCAAAUCGGUGCGCCACAUGUACCUUUGUGGAGAGUUCUUUGACAGCCUCGACGAUGAACAAAGGCAAAUUUUCCUGGAGGCAACCGGGACCAUUGAAUCAUUGCAAUGCCUUUACAUGGCCAACGCCAAGUUAUCGAUGGAUUCGGUGGAGGAUCUAGCUGUCGCAUUUGCUGCCGACAUGAUGACGAGUUCGACAAUUCAAGAGGUAUCGUUGCAACAUCUCAACAUCCCCGACACUGUGGUUCUGGAUGAUCUCGUGAGGGCUAUCGCCAAGUUCCCUGUAGUGGAACGAGUAGAGAUCGGAGUACUGUUUAUCCACCACGAUCAAGCCGCCUUCUCCCCAGACGCACUCGCCGACCUCUGCCAAUCAAAGAGCUUGAAAGCCCUCACAUUGAUCGAUCUUAGGUUUGAUCAAGACCAUUUCAAAGCCAUGGAGCAAGCUCUUUCCAACAACCAUGCUCUUGCCGAGCUCAGUCUUUGGGGGGAGAUACUAGACUUUGCUUCCUGCACAGCCAUGGCCAAAAUGCUUCGCAGGAAUCGGAGCCUGGAAUCACUUUGCAUAUACUUUGGAAACAUGAAUGAUGAUGGUAUUCAAGCAAUCUGCCAGUCCAUUGGUCAAAGCAACAAUCUCAAGUCCUUUUCCAUUGAGAACGAAGACGAUUCUAUCACUCAAACGGGUGUCUCUGCCAUGGCCGAGAUGCUCGAAGAUAACAAACAACUUGAAACUUUGUCGUUGGCUACCAAGGCGUUGGAUAGUGAAGGAUUCAUUCGUCUGGGCCGCGUCCUGAAGACUCAUCCGACCUUACGGGAGCUUAGCCUGGACAAUUCCACGUCUAGCAGUGAGCAUCCAGCAAGCGUUCAAAAGCCUGCAAUUGCUUCUUUGUCCAACAUGUUGGAAGUGAACACGAGUAUCCGGCGACUUGAUUUGUCCGGCAUCUCUAUGGAUGACACAACGGUGGCACUAUUGGCUUCGUCGUUGAAGACUAACUCGAAACUCCAGGAACUAAGCCUGGGGUCCAUCAAGCUUCAAAGUGAUGAGGAAGACGAAGAGACGACGACGGAAAGCAAACUAGGAAGAGUGUUUGGUGUUCUAGAGGAUCUCGUAGAACACAACACUGUCCUUGAGAAGAUAUCUACAGAGCAAGACACGCUAACUCUAAACUUUGGAGGAAAAAUCAAUUUCCUGCUGUCAUUGAACCAACGCGGUUUACGUACCGCCAUGGUGGACGUGAACACCCACAGAAAAUGGUUCGCGAACAAGCUGGCAGAAAGCGUGUAUUGUGUUUCGACAUUAUUCUAUUUGCUGUCCAUGAAUCCGUCUCUCAUGGUGGUACCGGAAGCGUCUGCCUGAGCACCAAGCCGAGGACGUGGCUCUUGAGCUUGAGUGACCAGCCCAUUCUACUAGUAGGUUCAUUCCUCGUCGUCGUCAUCGUCGUCAAUGUCAUCAUCCUCUCCAGUUGGAAAGAAUGUGUAGCUUAAAGUCACAUCUGUAAUGUAGGAAACCUGAGGAUCAUCCAACAUUUCUGGGUCAAUAAAGUAGAACACCGGCAUGUCAACAGUCUCU